AAAUGUUUGGGUUAGUGUUCUAAAUAAUUGAGUUUGGAUUGUCUGUUGGAUUAUGUAUGUUUAUAAAGGUGGGAAGAGAGGAGACAAAAAUGAGUGGAAGAGUUCUUAAGUUUGCCUAUAGAGUAGAAAAGAACCUGUUGUAUAAUUAUGAAUUCGGAAGAUAUACAAAAGUAGGUAAUGAGUUUACAAUAGGUUUUCAGAUUUUGCCUGAUUCCAUUUUUAUUAUCAACUCUAUAUCGUAAAGUAACAAAGCUCUCAUCAUCUUUCAAUUUGUAUCAGUUAAUGCUACUAAUAAUUGAUUUGUUAUCAUUGACGGAUUACAUAAAUACAACAGAAUCAUAUUAGAGAUAUUGUCUAAUCUAUGCAAUAAGAAUAAUAAGAACACUAAUUAUGCUUUUUGAUUUAGUUUAAGAUAUUACAAGAUUGAUUAUGGUUCAUCAUGAAUAAAGGCUUUUGGCUAAAUAAAUGUAAAUCUAAUAACAGCUUUAAUAAAUAUAAUAAGAACAGACAAAAUAACAUGAAAGUUUAGAUGAAGAAUCUGAGAUUGAUGAAUCUUAAAAAUUAAUCAAUACAAAAAAAUAGUAACAAUAAUAAACUUUGAUAAAACGACUAAUUUUUCCAUAAAUGAAAAUCCCUUGUAUUGCACUUAAUUUGACUAUUAAUCAACAGUAGUAUUACAUUUAAAUAAUUGAUCCAUGGAGCUUUGAUAAAUCAUUCUCUUAAAUCUCAAUUAGAGAGCAGUUGCUUAUAAUGAUUAAACUUAACUUUUGCUGUUAAAUACAUCAAACUUUAAAGAAAACUAAAUGUAAUUAAUAAGCACUGCAUUAAUAUAGAGAAUUAAUUGCUGAGUAUCUAUCUUAAAUCAUUUGGAUGAAUUGA